UCGAGCACGCUAUGAAUCGGAUCUUCCAUGACCAUUUAUAUAAGUUUGUCGUGGUAUACCUUGACGACAUUAUGAUCUUUAGCAAAUCUGUCGAGGAGCAUGCAAAGCACGUUGAGACUGUGCUCUCACUCCUGCGACAACACAAGUAUAAGGUAAGCUUAGAUAAGUGUGAGUUCGGUCGCACUAAGAUACUAUACUUGGGGCAUGAAGUAUCCGCGGAAGGGAUUAGGCCGGAGGAUGCGAAGGUGGCUAGUUUUCGAGACUGGCCACGACCUCAGACUGUCACUGAGGUCAGAUCUUUCUUAGGAAUGUGCGGCUACUAUAGGAACUUCGUAAAGAACUAUUCUACAGUCGUCUCUCCUUUGACUCAUCUAACUCGACUUGACACGCCGUGGGACUGGAAUGAUGAGUGCAAGGGUGCUUUCAAGAGAUUGAAGCAUGCACUCAUGAAUCAUGAGGUUCUCAUGGUUCCCGAUCCUCAUAAGCCAUUCAUAGUGACCACUAACGCAAACCAAUACGGCAUUGGCGCAAUGCUGGGUCAACAGGAUGGGAAAACGUUGAGACCGAUUGAGUAUAUGAGCAAGAAGAUCCCAUCAAAGAAGUUGGCAAAGUCCACCUAUGAAAGGGAACUCUAUGCUCUAUAUAAAGCACUUGUCCAUUGGAGACACUUCCUAUUGGGAAGGUUCUUCUACUUGAGGACUGAUCAUCAGACCCUCAAAUGGAUCAAGACUCAACCGGCUCUUUCUGAUGCACUCAAGCGAUGGAUUGAGGUCAUAGACCAGUAUGACUUCAAGCUUGAGUAUCUGAAGGGAGAGUAUAAUAAGGCUGUUGAUGCGCUAUCACGUAGAGUAGACUACCUAGGUGCGCUAGUUUCUGACUUUGGCGUAUCUGAUGAAGUAACUCAAUCGUUGGUGGGAGCCUAUCAGGAAGUCCCUGUCACGAUGGACAUCAUUCGCAAACUUCAGGCAAAAGACAAGGCCGCGGAAAUUUACUUGGAUGGAAUGGAAGGAGUGUCACCGGACAAGUUUUACAUUAUAGGGACUAGGAUUGUGAAGACCAUUCUCAAUGAUGAGAUAGUCCUCCAAGGGGUGAUUGGCAAUGGCAGUGAAGUUGUCAUCAUAAACGAGAAAAUCACCGUACGAUUAGGUUUGAACCUAGACACGUCCUAUCUGUUUGAGAUAGAGACGGCUGAUGGGGGAAAGCAGAAGAUCUCUGGAGUCUGCCACAAGGCGGCCAUCGAGGUCGAAGGGUUGCGCGUGCUAAUGCCUGUCUUCGCGGUCAGGGAUUGCAGCUCAGAGCUACUACUAGGAAGGACGUGGCUGAGCCAUGUUCAUGCGGUUACUCUAGAGCGACUGGAUGGAAGCCAGAUGCUUUUUAUUAAGCAUCCGGAUGGCGGGCGGAUUGUGAUAGAGACAGUCGAGCCCCGUGAUCCGAGGAACAGAGCGGCCCUAGCAACUGCUGGCAGCCGCAAGCCGGCCACGCUCGCGACUCGCUCUCCGCGAUUCCGUGAGAAGAAGUAUGGGGCAUUACUCACAGAAGAGGAGUGGCGCAUAGUAGAAGUCGAGGACUUAGGUAAUCGCGUUCUUGUGGGAGAAAACUCCUAUCCUAAGGCUGAAGACGAGGAAUUCGGAGGUAUGAUCUCUGUGUCUUUCUUAAGGGCGUAGCCCCCUACGGGGGGCGACAAAAGAGAUGCAAGACAAUAGCUCAGAAGGUUAAAACGGCGGCAAUAACUCA